AAAAGGCAUAAGAAAGGUAAGAAGUGUUCCAAGUCUGUCCUCUGAGACCAAUUUUUGUGAUUUGAAAAGAGCUGUGGCACUUGGUCCUGUUCUAGAUACCUAUUAUAUUACAACAGAAAAAUUAAGAAUUAGGAAGAAAUGCUUGACUAAAAGGGGUGUCUGACAAAAACCAUACCCUGACACCCUAAUCCAUAAGAGCAAGAAAAAGAGUCAGACUGCAAGAUAAGAUGAGAAAAGGAGCUGGAAUACACAAACAAGAUGCAAAGACAAAGGCACCACAAGAUAAAGGAGAUUCCUCAAACCCUAAGCCGAAAGAAACAGAUUUGAAGCCCCAAAAGGUGGCCAAAGAACUAAAAGGGGCAUGGAGCUAAUUGUAAUAUGAAGUGAAGACAGGUGGGGUUAGGAAAUUAAUAUGUAUUAGGCGUAUCGUGUAAACCUGGUCUGUAAAGGAUAAAAACCGAAAACCUAAUCAAAAAAGGGUGUAUGCUUUUUGGAGGAGAUAUCUCCAUGCAGCUCAGCGCUGAAUAAAUUCAUACCUGCUCUUAUAACUACUCUGUGAGUUACAGGGUUCCUUUUAUUCCGCACAUCAUUUUGGCGAGCCAGCCAUUCGAGGAACGGAUUCCCUGGCGCGCCCCCAGGACUUUCCGUGAGGGACCCCAAACCUCGCUUCGCUCACCGCGGGGACAGACAACAACCUGCCAGGCUGUGGAUAAAGAAGCUGCACCUCAGAGUGGCUGGACCAGGCAGUGAUCAAAGCAUUUGUGGACAACCUGUGUGGAAGCCCAGUAAAUUAGCAGGCCAUGGAUAAAAUGAGAAUACCAUUCAACAAUCCUUCUGGAAGAUCCAAAACCCCAGAGAAAGAGGGGUUUCAAUUUUCUUUUGUGAAAUCACUUCCAGAAGCUGCUACAGUGCCUCUCCCACCAGACCCAGAAGAAGAUGCUGAGAUAUCAGAGAACAGGUUUGAGAAAAGGACUAGGUGUGAACAUGAGGGCUUGGAGAAAGAGGUUUUUACAGAAGAGGACAAGCAGGCUGCAGAACAGACCUUGUACAACCAAUAUGAGCAAAAGAUCCGACCCUGCAUUGAUCUUGUUGACAGCCUGAGAGCUCUUGGGGUAGAAAAGGAUUUGUCCUUGCCUGCGAUUGCGGUGAUUGGAGACCAGAGCUCCGGGAAAAGUUCUGUCCUCGAAGCCCUGUCUGGUGUUGCUCUCCCCAGGGGCAAUGGUAUUGUCACUCGGUGUCCCUUGGAACUAAAACUCAAGAGGUUGCCUGAAGGCCAGGCAUGGCAGGGAAGGAUCUCCUACCAAAAUGUAACCCUGGAGCUCCAGAAUGCCUCUGAGGUGGACAGAGCAAUAAGGCAAGCCCAGGAUGUUGUGGCUGGUCCUAGAGGUGCCAUUAGUGGGCAGUUAAUUUCCCUGGAAGUUCGGUCCCCUGAUGUCCCAGACCUGACACUAAUUGAUCUGCCUGGAAUUGCCAGGGUGGCCGUGGGGGACCAGCCAAAAGACAUCGGGGACCAGAUCAAAAUGCUACUUAGAAGAACUAUUGGCUGCAAAGAGACAGUGAAUUUGGUAGUGGUUCCAUGUAAUGUGGAUAUUGCAACAACAGAAGCAUUGAAAAUGGCUCAAGAGGUGGACCCCACUGGAGAAAGGACAAUAGGAAUCCUCACAAAACCUGACCUGGUGGACAGGGGGACCGAGGAGGCUAUCGUGAGCAUACUGCAAAACAGGGUAAUCCCCCUCAAAAAAGGCUACAUGAUCGUGAGGUGCCGUGGGCAGCAGGACAUCCACAACAAACUCACCUUGGCUGCUGCAAUCCAACGGAGAGGCUUCUUUGAGAAUCACAAAUAUUUCAGGGCUCUUCUGGAAGAAGGAAAGGCUACUAUCCCCCGUCUGGCAGAGAAGCUCACAAAUGAACUUGUGAAACACAUUAUUAAAUCUUUGCCAGCACUGCAGAGCCAAAUUCGUGACACCCUGCAUAAAACAUUACAGGAUCUGCAAAGGUACAAGAGAGGCACACCCCAAACUGAGUCUGAGAAGCUGUUUUUCCUCACAGAUUUGAUCAAACUCUUUAACCAAGACAUCUGUCGGACCAUUCGGGGAGAGGAGGAGCUGUUUGGAGAUGAGGUCAGACUGUUCACCAGGAUCCGCAAGGAAUUCCGCACGUGGGGCGUGAUCCUCCUGGAGUGUGCUGCGAAGGCUAAAAAAGCUGUCCCUGACAGAGUGUGGAAAUACGAAGACCAGUACCGUGGACGGGAGUUCCCAGGCUUCAGCAACUACAGGACUUUUGAGGAUAUUGUAAAAGAGCAGAUCAGAGAACUGGAGGAGCCAGCAAUUGAGAUUCUCAACAAUGUGAUGAAACUGGUUGAAGAGAAAUUUAUGGAACUUACUAACAAGAAUUUUGCUAAUUUUCACAAUCUAAGCAGAGUUGCCAAGAUGAAAAUUGAAGACAUUAGGGAGAAUCAAGCAGCAGAGGCCGAAAGACAGAUCCGGACACAGUUUAAAAUGGAGAGGAUCGUGUACUGCCAGGAUGACCUUUACGUUGGUGAUUUAAACUCUGUUAAGGCAGAAAACGCUCCAAAAGCAUCCCUGGGGACAAAUCUGAAGUUUGUUGGUCUAGAGGAGCCCUCUGUUGCCACGGAGAUGGUUUCUCACACCAGUGCCUAUUUCUCUGGAGCAAGUAAACGCCUCUCCAACCAGAUACCUCUGAUCAUCAUAUCUUCUGUCCUUCAUGACUUUGGAGAAAAUGUGCAGACCUCAAUGCUGCAACUGUUACAAGAUAAAGAGAGGUUAAACUUUCUCCUUGAUGAGGACACUGAAGCUGCUAAAACCAGGAAUUACCUCAGCCAAAGAAUCGAUCGUCUGACCACAGCCUGCCAGUACCUGAGAGAUUUCCGCCUCUUGUAAUUUGUUUUUCAUGAGGUUUUUUUGCUCCUUAUCUUCUAGCACUCCUAAAGAAUUUAAUAUAAUCCCAUAAAAAUGUGAUAUCAGCCCAGACCUUUAAUAAUAAUUUCUAGUGUUCAGUUUUUCUUUAUUUUUCAUAAUCAGUUAUAUGCAAACAGCUGCCUUUGCAUAAAGAGUUCCACUGGUAGAGUUGUGAUUAAAUAAACAUUAUCUCAUGUUUAAACAUUUUCUUUAUAAACUCUGUGCAACCACUGGAAUAAUUAUUAAAAAGCUAACACACUGAG